AUUUUGGGUGUAGAGCUUACUUAAAAUUUUUAAAAAGAGGGAGAGAGAGAGAGGAAAGAAAGAAAAGAAAAAAGAAAAGAAAGAGGAAGAGAGAGAGCCUCCUCCGGGACAUCUUCCUUAAUCCUCCAGUGGAAUUUCUCCCUCCCUGAGCUCUUGUAGCACUUUGUAGCUCCCUCUUGGAGCUGAUCUCUUUCCACCCACUAUGAUUCUUUCAAUCCACAUCCAGCCGCUCCCACUAAAUGAUUAGCUCCUAGAGAGUAGGGUCUCUAGGUGUUUUUCAUCUCCGCUUCUUCCUGAGUACCUACCUAAGACUGCACCUUAGAACACUUCAUUGUGUCUCCUGGCCCAAGAUGGCAACUGGGGCUCCAGCCUUCGUGUAUACAUUCCAAAAAGGGGGAAGAGAAAAGGGAGGGCAAAAUAAAGGGCCUCUGAGCUGAGUCCAUCCCUUUCAAGCACUUUCUCUCCCAACAGCUUCUGAUUACACCUCCUCGACCAUGCCUAGCUUCAGAAGAAACUGAGUACCUUGUCUCCCUUCAAACUCAAGAGCCCAUCCCUUGUUUUACAGAUGAAAAUGUAAGACCCAAAGAGGAUCAGAGAAUUAGGGAGGCUGCUGAACAUAGUAGUUAAGGACCUGGUCUUAGAGCUAAACAGGCCUGGAUUUGAAUCCUGCCCCCACGUAUAACCUCUUCAUUCCUCAUUUGUAAAUGGCGCCCUGGAAGCAGCCCGCUCAGCCAAAACCCAGUUCUGCCCCAAGGAUCCCUUCCUUUGCAUCCCCUUCCCAGGGGGUCCAGGCUGACCCUUUGGUGUCUGGGGGCUUGGUCUUCCUCCUUUCUUCCUAAGCAGCAAUGGGAAUUUUGAGAUUCGGAGGUAAGGAAGAAAAACGAGGUCACUUUAAGCUCUUUCUUUACUGGUGACAUUGACCCAUUUUAUCCUGCUUUUCCUCAGACCCCCUCCUCCAGUGUCACUCAGUCUGGACAUCUGUCCCAGCCCAAAUCUCACCUUCUACUGUCCUUGCAGCCCAGGGGCUUGUCUAGUCGGUGUCCUGCUGCAGUCCCCUCUCCUCAAACCAGGGAGGAGGCUCGCCUGAAGAGUGCCCUGGGCCACCCCCAGUUUGGCCUCUGCCUCAGGCCUCAGUUUCCCCAUCUGCUAACUUGGGUUGAUGAUGCGUGUUCUGUGGAGCCAGAGGGUGAAGCUCUAGGGAGGUCACGGAUGAGGAAGAGCCCAGGACUCUGUGCAGCUUGCGCAGGGGCCUCCUCCGUGCCGUGCCCCUAGGCCCUGCGCGGCCCCCCUUCCUCGGCGCGCCCCUCCCUCUCCCUUCUGCUCCCCUCUCCCCCUUCCCGCCGCUCCCCUGCCACUCCUCCCGGCGGUCUGCUCGGUUCGCUCUUCAGCCGUCCUCUUUCCCUAGCGCCUCGCUGCCCCGCGCCCGCCCCGGGGUUCUGGGGUCCCGGGGUCCCAGCGCCCCGCAGCCGCCGCCGCCGCCGCCGCCACCGCCGCCGCCGCCGCCGCCGCCCCCGCCAGGCCCGGCCCCGCCGCAGCGCGGGCGGUCAGUGCGCAGCCCCGGCGCCCGCCCGGAGCCCGGAGCCGGAUCGCGGGCUCGGAGCGAACCCGACCCGAACGCCGCCCCCAGCCAGGCACCAUGCUGCUACUCCUGCUGGGCGUGCUGGGCCCUGCCGCUUGCUGGGCCCUGGGGCCGGCCCCGGGCUCGACGGAGCUGCGCUCUGCCUUCUCGGCGGCACGCACCACCCCCCUGGAGGGCACAUCGGAGAUGGCGGUGACCUUCGACAAGGUGUACGUGAACAUAGGCGGCGACUUCGACGCGGCCACAGGCCAGUUCCGCUGCCGCGUGCCCGGCGCCUACUUCUUCUCCUUCACGGCUGGCAAGGCCCCGCACAAGAGCCUGUCGGUGAUGCUGGUGCGCAACCGCGACGAGGUGCAGGCGCUGGCCUUCGACGAGCAGCGGCGGCCAGGAGCGCGGCGCGCCGCCAGCCAGAGCGCCAUGCUGCAGCUCGACUACGGCGACACGGUGUGGCUGCGGCUGCACGGCGCCCCGCAGUACGCUCUCGGAGCCCCCGGCGCCACCUUCAGCGGCUACCUGGUGUACGCCGACGCCGACGCGCCUGCGCGCGGGCCGCCCGCGCCCCCCGAGCCGCGCUCUGCCUUCUCGGCGGCGCGCACGCGCAGCCUGGUGGGCUCGGACGCCGGCCCGGGGCCGCGGCACCGGCCCCUCGCGUUCGACACGGAGCUCGUCAACAUCGGCGGCGACUUCGACGCGGCGGCCGGCGUGUUCCGCUGCCGCCUGCCGGGCGCCUACUUCUUCUCCUUCACGUUGGGCAAGCUGCCGCGCAAGACGCUGUCCGUGAAGCUGAUGAAGAAUCGCGACGAGGUGCAGGCCAUGAUUUACGACGACGGCGCGUCGCGGCGCCGCGAGAUGCAGAGCCAGAGCGUGAUGCUGGCGCUGCGGCGCGGCGACGCCGUCUGGCUGCUCAGCCACGACCACGACGGCUACGGCGCCUACAGCAACCACGGCAAGUACAUCACCUUCUCCGGCUUCCUGGUGUACCCCGACCUCGCCCCCGCCGGCCCGCCGGGCCUCGGGCCGCCGGAGCUCUGAACCCCGACCGGGAGAGGAGCCCAGGGGCGGCCCGGGGCGUGUAUGCCGAGCCGGGCCGUGGCCUGAAAGCCCCGCCGGCGCGAGCAUGACGGCCCGCCCAGUGUGGCUGACUCUGCCAAUAAAGUGGGCCUGCGUCGGCGCCUGUCUGCCCGGG